UGGUCCGGGGCGGCCAAGGCCACUCAGUACCCCCCGCGUCGCCGUCCAGGGAGCACGCUGCUGCUGCUGCUGCUCUCCCGCUCGUCAUCAGCUGCUCCUACGCUGGCUAAUGGACCCUAAGGGGAGUGUCGGGCUCCUGUCAAGACCAAGUUAGUGUGGAGUAAAUGGCUUCCGCACCCAAACCCUGGGAGCGACAGAAUGGCGUCAACCAGAGGCAACCCAACUUCAAUCCUGACAACGCAAACGCGUUUGUAUCAGUAUCUCCACAUGUGGCCCCAGGAACUGGCGGUGGUGGUGGGGGGUUCUCGCACACCAGCCAGCCACCCCUGCCUCCACGCCCUAACUCUACUAGAACUAGCACAUUCUCCCGACCAUCUUAUGGUGCCUAUGGUUCCUACGGGGGUGCUUACAGUUCCUUAGGAGGGUCUUACUAUGGUGGUGGAUAUAAUGCGUACGGAGCGACGUACGGGAACUACAACCGGUUCGGUAUGAUGGGGGGAGCAGUGACUGAUCAAGGGUUUAUGCAAGCAGCAGAAGAGAGUUCCCGUCAAGCCUUUCAGAGUAUAGAGAGCAUUGUUCAUGCAUUUGGUUCCGUCAGUAUGAUGCUGGAGUCAACAUAUCAUGCUGUUUACAGUUCAUUUCGUGCUGUAUUGGGAGUUGCUGACCACUUCUCCAGAAUGAAGUCACAUUUUGCUCAAAUAUUUUCUGCACUUGCUGUUGUGCGAACUCUACGGUGGCUGUACAGGAAACUGCUUUAUCUUAUUGGCUUAAGGUCUCAGGAUCCAAGUUUAGAGGCUGCAUGGCGCAACACUGGUGGGUUGAGCGAGGUGUCUGCGACGGCAUUUACAGAGGCUGACAUUAAAGCUUCCAAGUCGUCCUGGCCUAUAGUAAUGUUUUUAGCAGUUGUGUUUGGUGGUCCUUAUGUCAUUUGGCGGCUGUUAUCAUCACUGGCACCACAACCCACCAAAGCUAAAGGUUGGGUAAGGGGGCAGAGUGAGCACUAUGCUGCUCUCGCACAGUAUUCUUUUCAGGGUGAAAGCAGAAAUGAGCUUAGUUUUAGAGCUGGACAGUCUCUAUUCUUGGCACCCAGGGACCAGCAGCCCAGUGUUCGUGGAUGGCUACUAGCAUCUAAUGGAACAAAUUUUGGGCUGGUACCAGCCAAUUAUGUAAAAAUUUUAGGGCUACGAUCUGGCUCGUCACUUCCUGGUAAUUCACAAAUGAACCAAGGUGAUCCAGCAGAAUUAAUGUCAAGAAGCAGAGUUGUAGCAUCUGGAAUCCCUAAUAUGCCAGCACCUAAAUAUAUGCCACCUGUAUCACCUGGUGUGUCACAAGCCCCCACCAUGCCUGGAACUUUGCCUCAUACUUUUGGUCAACAACCUCAACAUAUUCAGAGUGGUCAGUUACCUCAGGAGUCAAGUCUAACCUCUAUGAAGUCUCCCAAGUCUGAGCUGUCUCCUGUCUUGUUUGAGGAAAGAAAGAUUGAUACUCCUGACCAGCAGUGUACAUUAACUCAAGACGAUGCAAUUGAAGCUCGGCUGGAUGCAAUUAGGGAUAAUGUCGAAACACAGGAGAGUAGUAUAUAAAUGUAAUUGUGGAAUUCUUGAAAUCCUAACACUAUAAAACUCUCACUAUGUUCAAAAUGAGUUUCAUUUGUCACUGUCCAUAUAUAAGCAUUUUAUGUAUUCAUUUGUCUGUUUCUAAUCUAUUACUUUAUGGGCUUUAUAGUAUUUUAAAGAUAUUAAUAUAUGCAAAAUACUAAAUUGUAACAAAAAUGCA